AUGAUCACGGGUGAGGUUGGAGUUUUCUUGCUGUUCGCAAUAGCCGCUCUUGCCGACGAUGCUCCAGUUGUGGACACCACGGCUGGGUCUGUCCGCGGCUUCACUUCAAGAUCAAGAUCUGGUCGAUCGUACCUAUCAUACACCGGGAUACCCUUCGCCAAGCCUCCUGUUGAGGAACUCAGGUUCAGGUCCCCAGAGGAACCAGAACCAUGGACUGGCAUCAGAAAUGCCACAGAAAAUGGGCCUUUUUGCAUCCAGUACAACGUAAAUUUGCAUUCAUUCAAUUCUAAGGUCAUUGGAUCAGAAGAUUGUCUUUAUCUCUCAGUAUUCACACAUAAUACUAAGGACACAGCACCUGUGUUAGUUCAUAUCCAUGGUGGGGGUUUCACUGCUGGUGAUAAAUCAAUGACAAGUCCGAUUUAUUUUAUGGAUGAAGAUGUUGUUGUUGUAGCAAUCAACUACCGGCUGGGAAUAAUGGGUUUUUUAAGCUUUGAAGACAACGAACAGCCAGGAAACCAAGGUAUGAAGGAUCAAGUAAUGGCAUUAAAGUGGAUACAGAAAAACAUUGCUAAGUUUGGAGGUGACCCAAACAGAGUGACUUUGGUUGGCGAUAGUGCUGGAGGAGCAAGUGCCAUACACCAUAUCAUAUCACCUCUCAGCAGAGGGCUUUUCCAUGGAGCUAUUGCAGAAAGUGGUUCAAGCUACAACACUUGGACAGUCCUGCCUCCAGGCCUACCCAGGAGCAGGGCAAGCAAUUUAACAAGCCUUGCAUCUUGCCCCUUCAACAGCACUAGAGAGAUAGUGAGAUGUCUGCAAAAAAAGAAUGCUAGUGAUCUGGUUGGACUUGUGGAGCACUUCAGGGAGUGGCAAAUUGACCCAUUGUUGUUGGUAUUUCAACCAGCGCUAGAACCUAAAAGUUCAGAAGCCUUCCUUACUGGGCCGUUAUCAAGCUGGGAACAUAAUUCUGUCCCACUACUGAUUGGAAUGACUUCUGGAGAGGGCUUGCUGAGAACCAAAUUUUUCCUGGAAUAUAAUAUGGAUUUCAAAUGGUAUAAUGACAAUUUUGAGAAGGUGGCUCCAAUAACAUUUCUCUAUGUUGCAUCUGCUUCUAAUCCAGAUGAAGUAACAAGAAAGAUUAAACAAUACUAUUUUGGCAAUAAGGAAAUCACUGCUGCAGAUUGGCAGAAUGUAACUCAUGCAUAUUCUGACAGUUGGUUCUAUGCUGGAAUUUUGGAAACAGCAAACAAACACACAGGAGAUGUCUAUUUUUACUAUUUUGACUAUAUUGGUGAAUACACCUAUGCACCAAAAAAUAGAACUUUAGCAGUAGGAGCAGGACACUCUGAAGAAGUUCCAUACAUUUGGUACAAGAAGUCUGCCCCUAACUUAAAGGGAAGUGAUCUCGAAUUGUCUAUAAAACUGGUGAAAAUAUGGAGUAAUUUUGCCAAAUAUGGAAAACCUGUAUCAGCUGAAAGUAACUUUAUUUGGCCUACAUGGACUCCCACAAGACAUCGUUUUAUGAAAAUAAGCAAUUCUGGUUUUAAGAUGAAUGAAGGGCUUCAUGAAAGCAGAUACAAUUUCUGGAGUAGUCUCAAUUAUAGAGAUAAAUAUCUGUAA